UGGAUGCAGCCCAAAUUCCAAAAGAUUUUGAAAACGGGCCACUUUUUGGAAUUUUGCAACUAAACGGGCCCGUGUGUAAAGUUUUGGAAUCUUGGCCCGUAAAGUUUUGGAAUUUUGGCCCGUCUACUGUUUCGGCCUCUCCUCGGCGCAUAUUACCCCCGCCCCCCUCACGGGUCGCCGAUCCCCUUCGCCUCCCCUCACACUCCCGAGCCGGAACCCUAGCCGCCGCGCUCUGUCUCCCCCACGCGGUAGACCACCGCCGGUCUCUCCUACCCAGAUCCACCGCAGUUUCGGCCAACUCCGUCCGCUAAUCCUCCAGAUCCGGCGUCCUUUCACCUGCCCUAGCGAUGGACGAGUACGACAACGACGGAUCCGGUGACGCAGCCGCGUUCGGCAACGACUCCGCGUACGGUGCGCCCGGCGCGUUCGGCAACGACGGCGGCUACAGCGCCGCCGGCAGGCUCGUCAACGACGGCGGCUACGGCGCCGCUGGCACAUUCGGCACCGACUCCGACUGCGCCGCGCCCGGCGGCUUCGGCGACGCAUCCGGAUAUGGCACCUCUCCCGGCUACGGCGCUGCUGGCGGCACCCGGGAUUUCCUGUCCCAGUCGGCGGCGUACUCCGGAUCUGCCGGGUACAGAGCCUACGGCGGAGCGCCGUACGGCGGCCCGUCUUCGAGCAGCCGCACCAGCAGCCUCCUAGGGAUGGAUGCGCUGGACCUCAACGCCGGCGACCCCUGGGCUGGAAGCAAUGCAUAUGAGGACACGGUUGGAUCUGGGGCUGAAGACGGCGGUAACGGCAGCGAGUAUCCCACACAUCCCCCCUGCGUCUGCCUUCACGCAGCGCCAGCGGUACCCUUGGCCUGCCUGCGGCUCGCCAAGGUGCACGCGGUGGAGGGGGCCUUGCACGCGCCCCGUCGCGCAGCUUAGUGCCGACCGGUCGUUGCGGCCGAGGUCCUCUGAUGCCUCGUCAUCGUGAUGGCGCUGGAGGAUCCGCCGGCGGAUCCAGGGGCCGCGGUGCACGUCGUCGCGGGCCGGCCGCAGCAGCUUCCGACGACAACGCAGCCGCAAUGGAAGACGACGCACCCCCACAAGUCCCGGUACAGAUCUUAUGUCUUGAUUUAAUUUUGUUUGUGGCUUGUGUUCGUAAAUGCAGUCUAUCUAUGAUAUUCUGGUAUGGCAUCAAUUUUUUCGAUCUAUUGCUUAGCUAUAUCCCUGGUACUUGCUUUCACUGGUACUUGCUUACUAAACAUAUGAGAGUAUGCAUGGUUUCAGAAUCGAAUUGACAGGGCACAGUGGAGUCCACAGAAUACUCUGAAGUUUUGCCAGAUUUAUUGUGACCAAAUUGACAUGGGCAACUGUGUGAGGGGUAGCAUGAGCAAAUGGGGUUGGAGAGAAGUGACAGAAAGGUUCUACGCGGCCACUGAUUUGGUCCAUGACAAUGAGCAGUUUGGCAAUAGGGUACGGCAGCUCAAGGCACUAUGGGGAUUCAUCCAGAACCUCCGUAACAAGUUCACAGGCCUGGGGCGUAGAGAAGAUGGAUCUGUUGUUGCAAGUGAUGCUUGGUGGGCAGAGAACACAAAGGGCCAUCCUGAAUGGAAGAAGCUGAAGGAUGGCUGGCCUGAGUACCUGCCAGAAUUGGAUCGCAUGUUCUUAGGAGUUGCAGUAGAUGGGUCCAGCGCAUAUUGUGCUGGACAGAACAACCCAACUCAAAUCAUAAGCAGUGAAGAAGAAGAAGACUAUGAUGAUGCCAACCUUACUCCAGCCAGCUGUGGGAGCAAGAGGAGCACCAGCACCCGCAGCACUGGAACCAGUCCCAGCAAGAAGCUGAGGAGCCCUGCACUUCGUCUCAUGGACAGGAACAUGAGCAACUUCGGCGUAAUCAUGGAGAAUAAGAAUCAUGUGAUGCGAGACAUUUGGAAUGAUAAGAAGAAAGUGAUCAAGGACAAGCAAGCCGCCUUGGAUAUCAAGAUAUCCAAGGUCCUAGCAAUGGCUAGGCAAGUGGGGGCAACCGAGGCCACUCCUGACCUGUGGAUUGGUGUGAUGAAGAUCAUCCAAUCUGAACGGGUUAUGUCUUUCUUCAUCCAAUCGACGGAAGAAGGACGCCUUGCUGUCAUUAGGCACCAUGCCGGGGUCGGCAACUAGAACCUCUUAUCAUGCAUUUGAAGUUAAUGUAUUAAUGUGGCAUGUAGGUGUGGAACUAUGUGUGUUGUGUACGUUAUUUGUGGCUGCUGUUAUGUGUGUUGUGUAUGGUAUUUCUGACUGCUGUUAUGCUGUUAUUUGUGUGAUGUUCAUGGAUGUGUGAUGCUGUGUACCAGGUGUGCUAGGGCUGCAUGACCUUAUUUUGUGCAUGCAACUAUUACUGACUUGUGGUUUUUGCUGUUGAUGUGUGCAGGAUGUUGCGGCACCACUUGAUGAAGAAGAAGAAGACUCUGAAGAUGAGGACGAGUGGGAUGAUGAAGUCUUUGAGAUGUUCAUGGAUGAUGAGAUUGAACUUGCGUACCUCUACGGUAUGUACGACUAUGCUGCCCAUGUAGACAAGUACUACAAUAAGGCUCCUUAUAGGCAACCAAAGUUGAGUGGGUUGGAGUGGGUCCAGUUAAAACUAGGUAGUGCUUAUUCCUGCUACAACAUGUUUAGAGUGACCCCUGAACUUUUCUAUCGAUUGCAUGACCUAUUGGUAGAUACAUAUGGACUGAAAUCUACACAAAAAUCAACAUCUCUCGAGGCAUUAGGAUUGUUCCUCUGGGUUCUAGGUGCGCCUCAAUCUGUUAGGCAAGCUGAGGACAGAUUUGAGAGAUCUCUAGCAACUGUUCACAGCCUUUUGCAUAGAGUGUUGAAGGCUGUGCUUAAGCUUGGUGCGGACAUCAUUAAACCGCGUGACCCACAAUUUAGGACUAGGCAUCCUAGAGUGAGAAACCCUAGGUUCUAUCCCGAAUUCAAGAAUUGCAUAGGGGCUAUAGAUGGCACUCACAUACCUUUAGUGGUGCCAUCUGACAACUUAGUGCAGCACAUGUGUCGCAAGGGCAUGACAACACAGAAUGUGAUGGCUGCUUGUGACUUCGAUAUGGUGUUCACAUUUGUCCUUGCUGGAUGGCCGGGUUCCGUUCAUGACAUGAGAGUGUUCGAUGAUGCAAUGACAACAUACAGCAAUGUCUUUCCUCAUGCACCAACAGGGAAGUACUAUCUGGUGGACUCCGGGUACGUGAACCGGCCUGGUUUCCUUUCUCCUUACAGGGGAACAAAGUACCACAUUCAAGACUUUCAAAACGCCGCAGAACCACGAGGUAAAAAGGAAAUGUUCAAUUAUGCACAUUCAUCUCUGCGAAAUGUGAUCGAAAGAGCCUUUGGUGUACUGAAGAUGAAGUGGCGCAUAUUAUCUAAGGUUCAAUCGUAUCCACCAAACACACAGACACAUAUAAUUGUUGCCUGCUUUGCUUUGCACAACUUCAUAAGGCUGAGUGGCGAAUACGAUACAGACUUUAAGUACCUAGACAAUAAUGUCAACUUUGUGCCGCCUGAGGCUUACUUGGAUCAGCCAGAAUGUGUUCCUCCUCCAAUGCCUGAUGACUGUGCACAGAUGAAUGCAUUUCGUGACUCAAUUGCGGUGCGGUUGUUCAAUAGGGCUUGAAAUUUAUGUGUUCGAAGACUUGUAUGUUUCCUGCACGUUUUUUGGACUUGGAAUUUUCCUGUAGUCGUCGUCAGUUCUGUAAUAAUUUUUUUUACGGUUUCCAGACAUUUUUCUGUACAAUUUGCACUUGAAUAAAUUUUGUUUGCAUCAUUUCCACCG